AUGGACAUCUGUUGGCUCCUCCCUUCCUUCGCCCUAGAGGUCUUUUUCUUCAUCUUAUUGCUUUCGGAGAGGAAUCUUUCAGUAUUCUUCAGGAUGUUCCGAUCUCUGCUGUGCAUCCUCGCCGUCGAAAAACUUCUUAUACACUACGAAAGGUUCAAAGACGAGUGGAGAACAGCAUCUCAAAAAGUCUUCGAUAUCACAGAGCUUCUCGAAGCCAUCCUCCUCGAAACUGACAUGCGCACCUUGCUGACGUCGGCGCAGCGAGUCUCCCGUCGCUGGCACGCUCUCAUCCAGGACUCCAGCGCCCUCCAGAUGAUGCUAUUCUUCCGACCAGCGCAGGCAAAAGGCGCCUGGGAAAGCCAACGGCGGAAAACCAACCCACUUAUCAAGGAAUUUCUCUGGGAUGGCCUCUUUAGAAGGCAGCCCACCCGUUAUUACGGCGAGCUGAUGAGGGAUUUCUCGCGGAUGCACGCAAAAACGGAGAGAAUGUAUUUGCGAAAGCAAGCAAGCUGGAAACGCAUGCUACUGCAUCAACCACCGACGGUUCGGCUCGGGUUUGUUGAAACAAACAACCCGCAUUUCCCCAAUGGUAACGCGCUGGUAUUUUCCCAAGUCAAGCUGACUCCCGAGAAUGACGGCGACUUUGUUCGGCUGGACACUCUUUACAGGGGCAUCAAAAGAGGGCUCCUCUGGCCUGAACUGGAGCCUUUGAUGUUUCGUCCCAUUCCCAUAACCCAGGUAUUAUUGAGAAGAGAGCAGAGAGAUAUCUUGUCAUCGAAAUACCUGGUUGAGAAUGAUGUUGUGUUUCUUGUGGAUCGAUAUGAUCCGUUGAGAGAAGAGAGGGCUGCACCUUCAGGCCAGCAUGAACAGUUCCAAUGCUGGAUAAACACCCUGGGGCCUUCUCAAGUUGUCAGGAAACCCAGCUGGGAGUUGUUUUUCUGAAAACCGUUUGUAGAGUACAUCGGUAGCCAGCCUUCGAGUAGCCAGCAUUCGAGUAGCCAGCAUUCGAGUAGCCAGCAUCCCCACAAUAAGCUCCCUCCUCCCGAACAGGGUAACCCCCAAAUCUCACCAUGAAUGAACCGUGUAGAAUAGAAAAAGAAAAGUGAAGAAAUCCCAAACUAAGAUACG